AUGGAGAACCUUCCUGGGGACAUGGGUUGGGCGUGGGGACAUGGGGACACCACGGGCUACUGCUUUGAUGACCUGGUCCGCUUCCUGAGCACGGGGGACCAGGCGGCAAAGGGCAACUAUGGGCUCCUGGACCAGAUCCAGGCGCUGCGGUGGCUCAACGAGAACGUGGGGCACUUCGGGGGUGACCCCCAGCGCAUCACCAUCUUCGGCUCUGGCGCCGGGUCCCCGUGUCCACACAGCCUGGUGGGACUCCAUCCCCACGUCCCCCCCACCCCGGGUCCCACAGGUCUCUUCCAGAAAGCCAUCGCGCAGAGCGGGACGGCCAUCUCCAGCUGGUCGGUCAACUACCAGCCGCUGAAGUACACGCGGCUGCUGGCGGCCAAGGGGGGCUUGGACCAGGAUGUCCAACCCGCCCGCUACCACGUGGCCUUCGGGCCGGUGGUGGACGGUGACGUGGUGCCCGAUGACCCCGAGAUCCUGAUGCAACAAGGCGAGUUCCUCAACUACGACAUCCUCAUCGGCGUCAACCAGGGCGAGGGGUUGAAGUUCGUGGAGGACUCGCUGGAGAGCGAGGACGGCAUCUCCGCCUCCUACUUUGACUUCACCGUCUCCAACUUCGUGGACAACCUCUACGGUUAUCCCGAGGGGAAGGAUAUCCUACGGGAGACCAUCAAGUUCAUCCCGGCGGUGGCCACGGCCAAGCCCCACGCCGAGUACCAGUCGCCCGUCUACUUCUACCCCUUCUACCACCACUGCCAGACGGACGCGCGGCCCGAGUGGGCGGACGCGGCCCACGGGGACGAGAUCCCCUACGUCUUCGGGGUGCCCAUGGUGGGCGCCACCGACCUCUUCCCCUGCAACUUCUCCAAGAACGAUGUGAUGCUCAGCGCCGUCGUCAUGACCUACUGGACCAACUUCGCCAAGACCGG